AUGGUAAUAAAAAAAUCAGGAGCAGAGAUGUCAUUUUCACAGUUUGGAUAUCCGUAUAACGGGAACUCUCAGUAUUUGGUUUCAGCAAAUCCCAGCACAAUGUGUUAUGAUCCUACUGUACCCAGAUCUCUGCCUGAGGUCUCUGUCACGUCUGCCCAGACCCCAACCAUCUGCUGUCCUUCCUAUGAGAACAGGUUGCUGGUCAGCACAAGGACUGAUCUCAAUGCAGCUCUUGGGGUGUAUAAUUCUCCGUACACUACUGCAAGCCCAGGCUAUACAAGUUAUCUCCCUUGUAGCACUGACCCAACUACGUUAUAUCCCACCUUGACCUCACAGUAUGAAAUGAAGGAUGGUACCAGUUCCCUGCACCCAGGGAUAGCUCAGCCUGCUGCAUACUAUCCAUAUGAUCACUCCUUGGGGCAGUACCAGUACGACAGGUUCGGGGCUUUGGAUUUUACGGUCUCUGCCAGGAGGAAAAAUGCAACCAGAGAGACCACAAGCACGCUGAAAACCUGGCUAUAUGAGCAUAGAAAGAACCCUUAUCCAACAAAGGGUGAAAAGAUUAUGCUGGCGAUAAUCACCAAGAUGACACUUACACAAGUGUCUACGUGGUUUGCUAAUGCAAGACGGAGGCUAAAAAAGGAAAACAAGAUGACCUGGCCUCCAAAAAACAAAGCUGUUGAUAAAAAGAAAGAAGAUUCAGAUAAAAAAAUAUGCAAAAACGAAAAAGAACUUAAACAUCCUGACUUGGGUGACCUUGAAGAAGAGUCUACUGACAUAGAGAAUGACAGCAAGAACAUGCAAUGCCAUCCCACUGGGGCCAGAUCCAGUUCCUAUGCAUUAGUGACCACUGAACGCAGCUUGACGCCAAAUGACAAUUCUCACAAUUAUCCCUGCAACAAGGACAAUGGAGAGGAUGUUUUAGGAGUAAUGAUGGGGAAAAAAAGCCUUCAAAGAUACAGUGAACACGUGAUGAGUUGUGAGACUGCAGAAAAACCAAGAAUUUGGUCUUUGGCUCACACAGCAGGUGCCAGCAAUACUGCGGAUAUUGAAAGUUGUAGCAGCAGAUCAGUGAGCCCAGACUGUCUCUUUGUAAGAAGAAGGCACUCUACUCAUGGCUUUUGUAGUGAGGUGAGGUCCUUGCAUAGCAUAAAGGGCCAAACUCAAACAGAAUGUUCUUUUGAAGAAAUGUCUCAAUCAGCAAAAGUUUUUAGAACUUCAACAUUUAAUCUUCAGUCAUUUCAACUCAGCUGUCCCUACCCUGUUCUGGGAGAACCAUGUGAAUAUUCUUCUGGAGUGGAAGGUAUCUACUUGUCCAUGCUCUUCUAA